GAGCAGCAUCUUUGCUCAGGUUUGGACAAAUCAGCCCUCAUUCAGAAAUGGAGACUUUGCUGAAGUUUGGCAGGUAGACAUCGGGCUUUCUUCCGCUACUGCCAUUGUGAAGAAGAUAUAUUCAACACAAGUUAGCUGACUUGCAGCUGUCCAAACCUGUUGCCUGAUACACCUUGCCUGCCCUCAGCAUGUAUCAGAUUGUUCCGGUGGCUCCUGGGGAGCAGCAGACAGCUGGGGGAGCAGGUGGUUCUCCACUGAAGAAGAAACUGGCUCAUGAAGGUCGGCCUCUGGUCAUGGCAGGCAUGUUGGGCUGUGUGUUUGUGCUGGCUGCUGUGGUUGCCUGGUGCUACUACGCAGCGUCCGUCCGUAAAGCCCAGCUGCUGAAGGCUGAACUGUUGGACCUCAACAAGGACGGUUUUAUUAUUCGUAACCAGGCAGGGGCUGUCAUAUUCAGCAUGACCUUCAGGUCUGGCACCCUGGAUCUAGACUCCUGUUCAAAGGAGGGAAAUAUUCUGAGCUGCACUCAGUCAGAUUCUGGCAAGCUCAACUUCUUCAUCCAGACGGUUCGACCAAAGGACACAGUGAUGUGUUACCGUGUUCGCUGGGAGGAGCUGCAAAAUAAGCAUUCAGUAGAGCAUGCCAUGGCCUAUAAUGACUCUCAUUGGUAUGGAGGAGCGGAGACAGCAACACAGUACUGGCCUGUGAGGAUCCACGGCGAGGAGAAACCACAGCCUUUCAUCACCAGUGAUGUCUACUCAAAUCGUAACGCUUUUGGGGGAAUCUUAGAACGGUAUUGGCUAUCCUCAAAUGCAACUGCCAUCAAGAUUAAUGACUCUGUACCAUUUCAUUUGGGCUGGUCAGAGAAGGACGGGACACUCAGGUUUCAGGCUCGAUAUGAGGACUCUCCCUUCAGACCACCAGAGGGUCAGCAGGCCUUACCUGAGCUCAGCUAUAGAGUGUGUGUGGGUUCAGAUGUUACCUCUAUUCACAAAUACAUGGUGCGUCGAUAUUUCCCAAAGCCCAUCAAAGUCCCAUCUCCUGAAGUGUUCAAACAACCAUUGUGGUCCACAUGGGCUCUCCACAAGACAGCUGUAACUCAGGAGAAGCUGCUUCGUUACGCCUCUGACAUAACUAAGCAUGGCUUCACAUGCUCUCAUCUGGAGCUAGAUGACCGCUACACUGCAGACUAUGGAGAGUUUGACUUUGACCCACAGAAGUUCCCCAAUGCUAGCGGUAUGUUUGACGAACUAAGAGAGGACGGGUUUCAAGUGUCGCUCUGGACACAUCCUUUCAUCAACUAUGACUCCAUUAAUUUUGGUGUUGCUGUGGAGAAAGGACUGUUUGUACGGGAACCGAGCGGUGAGCUGCCUGCUCUCGUUCGCUGGUGGAACGGCAUUGGAGGAAUCUUGGAUUUUACCAACCCAGAUGCCCGUGAAUGGUAUUCCUCACAUCUGCGUAUGCUCAAACAGCGUUAUGAUGUGACGUCUUUCAAGUUUGAUGCAGGAGAGACCAGCUACCUCCCACGCCAGUUUAGCACCUUGGUCCCACUGUCUGAUCCCUCAACCUUCACACGACGCUACUCAGAGAUGGCCAUACCGUUCAGUGAGCGUGCCGAGCUCAGGGUGGGUUACCAGAGUCAGGACGUCUCCUGCUUCUUCAGGAUUAUCGACAGAGACUCUGUGUGGGGUUAUGAGCUCGGUCUCAAGUCCAUCAUCCCGACCGUUCUGACCAUUAGCAUUCUGGGCUACCAGUUUGUCUUACCUGAUAUGAUAGGAGGAAAUGCAUACCCCAACCGCACUGCAGGUGGUUCAGAUGGCAAAAAUAGUCUGCCAGACCGAGAGCUGUACAUCCGAUGGUUGGAGCUCUCUGCUUUCAUGCCUGCCAUGCAGUUCUCUAUACCACCGUGGGCCUAUGACAGUGAGGUUGUGCAGAUAGCGCAGAAGUUCACAGCGCUCCAUGAGAAUCUGGUGGCACCAAGGGUUCUUGAACUAGCAGGCGAGGUGCUUGAUACGGGGGACCCAAUCAUAAGACCCCUCUGGUGGAUCGCCAAUGACGACGAGGCAGCCUAUAAGAUUGACUCUCAGUUCCUGAUUGGAGAUGACCUGAUGGUGGCUCCAGUGCUAGAGCCAGGAAAGCAGGAGAGGGACAUCUACCUGCCUGCAGGACGAUGGAGAAGCUACAAGGGGGAACAUUUUGAUAAAGGCCCCAUGUAUCUCACUGACUACCCUGUGGACCUGGAUGAAAUAGCUUUCUUUACAUGGGUUCACUGAAAACACGAAAGAAUUAUUACACAAACACAUACAGGGCUUAACAGAUUCAUUAGACCACCACCCAGUGUAAAGUUUAUGCUGACCUAAAUUAACAGCAUUUGUAAUUACCAAAAUCAUUUUUUAUGUUUCUGUAAUGAUUAAUACACCAGUAUUUAGAAGCUUUUUAACCAAAAUGAUAUUUUUAAUGCUAAAAUAUAAUUAUUAUUACUGUUUUACAAAAACAAAAGAAUAUUUACUUGCAUUCCUGAACAGAGGAAUUAUUAGUUUUAGUAGUUGUAUGUUAUGCUUGAUUAAUUUCUGACUUCUCAGAGAAGCCCAGUGUGCCGGCUCAAAUUUCGGUAUAAAAAGGUGAAUUUGGUUUGGAAUUCCUCAUUCCUCUUCAAAAUGGUAAAACGUUGAGAGCUCACUAAAAAUGAGUCCGCAUUUAAGCACUUCAUGAUGCUUGAUGCUCUCUGAGGUCUAAUAAAUUUGUUAAGCACUGUACAGACCCACACACAGUUUGCACAUGUACAUUCUUGUGAGCACACAUGCCAAGAAAUAGCAGGAGAUGUUUGUUUUUCAAAGGGAAAUGACCACUAGGGAUCUGCUGCCACAGCAGAGUGAUUUAAAAAAAAAAAAAGUAAAUCAUGACCUCAUGUCUCCUCUGACCUGCUCUUCUUCUGGACAUUUGCCUGCAGAUUAUAACCGUCCAUUCAAAGAAUUGAAAUGAAACCUGUAUUCAUUUCUGAUUCUUUUGUUCCAUAUUUAAGCUGAGCCUCAUCCUCAUGUGCCUUCCACAGCCAAUAGUAAAACCGAUAUCAGAUUGUAUCAUCACAACAGUCUUCCAUCUAAUGGACAUCUAGAUUUUUAGUACCACAGCUCGAAUGGUUUUGGUUUUAGGGUGAGAGUGAAUUUUAUUUCAGGAUAAAUUGAAUAACUGUGCAAUAAUAAAUAAAUAAAUAAAUAAAUAAGCACCUUGAUUGACACUGGAAAUAAAUAUGUACUUUGAGCUGGACAGAUGCCCUCCUGUUUAGUGGGCAUGCCUCACGUCAAAAUAGUAACUGUUGUUUUGUGAAAAAUCUCUGUGCUUCCGACUACCUAACAUGCAUUCAUUUGCAUUGCACUGACAACGACAUGUAACUCAUUUGUUAUUCACUUGCUCUUUAUAUUAACUCUUUUCUUUAGAUUUGUGGAUAGUAUCCAUUAUACUGUAUAUACUGUAUAUUUAUGUGAUUGUGGGUUUGAAUUUGGGGUACUUGUUACGAUCAACAGACAAAUAUUAUUUUAGCAUUUCUUGACCUGUAAUGUCAUUUCAGUGCCAAAAUCAAUUUACUGCUCUACACUGUUUGUCAACUGCACAAGUUACAUUCACAGCUCAGGGUAGAUUUAAAAGAAAAUAUUUGUUCUGUUAUAAUUAAAUUUGCUGAUUAACAGCAAGAAAUAGAUUUAUUCUACUUAUACUACUGGUUUGCCUUGUAAAACAUUCUCAAAGAUGCCAUAUUUAAGUGCUGUCCAUGUCUGCCUUGUGACUUUAUUUGCCUUAUCAGCUCAACCAAGCUAUGCCAGCAUUAGCACAGAGGACCGGUAUAGUAAUAAAACACUCACCUCUGAUAUGCUUGAUGCUCUGCACCUUCAUGUUUUUAAGGACUGACACUGCAAAGUAGACAGUGAGUUUUAACUAGACACCUGCUUUUGUAUACAUGUCUGUCUGCUCUUACACAGUGAUUGCUGGCAUGAGAAUAAAGCACACUGCUUAAGUCAUUUAAA